UAAACUGGCGCCUGACCAAUUGAGAGGGAAUUUCCACGCGCUUAGCUCGAACCAGUCGUACGUUGUAAUACAGAAACAGUAACUAGCUGAACAAGGAACAAAUUUUUUGAAUCGAUUGGACAAUUUCGGAUUGAAGCGCGAUGGAUGGUUGCACAGAGUGGAGGGAGCUCGGACCUCCACCAGAUUCCAUCAUGGAGAUCCCCCCUCCGCCAAUACCCAUGGCUUUGGACAUCUCCAACAACCUCACAGCGAUUCCUUGUUCCUUCCUGUGCGACUCAGGCACAGGGCCUUCCAAGGUUGAAUUCAUCGAUCUGAGUAUGCACUCAAGAUUUGACAGCACAUGGUUGAUGCUGAUCGCGUCAUUUUGCAUUGGAAUUCUUAGCCUGGGAACUCUCCUAGCUAUAAUCAUGUUGAAGUUCAAAAAAGACUUCACGUCGAGCAAAGUGAAAGUGACGGCCUCAGAGGGCGGCAGGAGUUGCGAGGCAGUGCUGUACCCAGUGGCUGCCGACACCAGAGCCAUAUGGGCCACCCUCACACCGAAGGGCCCCACCACAUUCGUGGCCCCCGUCAAGUCGGUGCACUUCGACACCGCUCCUGUCACCAAGUCACGAGUCUCGUGUCCCACUCGAAUCGACAAUCCUAAUUUGCCGCCACUCAAUCUGCACAGAACACUGCGCAGCAAUAAAGACACCGCACCUCUUGUAUAAAUUACAAAAAUAACAUUUGUUUUU